CCUACCCAGUGUACUCUGCCCAAUGACUUCGUUGUUUUGAURUUAUUAUUACUGUUACUAUUACCGUUAUCGUGAAGCUUUAAGCCGAGCUGUAGACGUUAUAUUUGCUGACAAAGUGAUCUAUGAUCAUUACCUAUGAUAUUAUAAUAUUGUGUUGUCCUACUUGCAUCUUGGAAAUCGCGUAGGCGGACAUCGCACGAGCACCAAGUGUCACAGGUUGACRUUGUUCAUUAAGUAUAAUUUAAUGCAAAUUAUAAACAUGUACAAACCAAUUCGUCCAAGGAGAAACAGCUUACCAAGCAAUGUACAUAGAAGUAAAACAAAAAACGUACCUAAAGCAGAAUUCAGUCCCUCUAAAAAUUCUAAAGUUAAUGAAUCAAAGAAAUCAAAAUCAAAAAUGCCUAAUUGCGUUAAACAGCUAAAUUAUAAUGAAUCUAAUCCAACAAAUGUWAGGAAAUUCAUGGAUCAUAGUUUGUCGGACGGAGAUGAAAUUAUGGAUAGUAAAACAAAUUUACAUAAAGUUGCUAAAAAUAACCAAAUAAUAAAAAAUAGAAGACCUCAAUUGUUAUGCUCACAGCCUAUUGACACUCCGAAUAAAUAUCUACCAGAAGUGCCAUUACAUCACACUCCCCCAUCUUACGAAUCCCCUCAAAGAUAUGGUACUUACAAAAAAUUUAAAGAAGAUGAUAUAGAGCAAUUGGUUAUUGAAAAAUAUGCCCUGCUCAAACAACUUAUGAACAUUGAUGAACGAUGCGGCUCACCUAAUGGUGAUAACUUUUAUGCUGGUGCCAAAUUCAAUAACUGUCCGUCUCCUGGAGAUUUGCCAUUACCACCAAUGCAAUGGCUUAAUUCUUGUCAAGCACAAGCAAAAUCUAUGCAAAAAUCACCUCCUAUCUUCAACAUAACUAUCUAAGAUAUUCUUCAGAAUCUAAAUGUUGACAAAUGUUUUUUAUUUCAUUAUUAAUAUUAUUAUUAUUAUUAUUUGAUUUUACAUAACACUAAUUGUGAUUUUUUAUCACCAUAGUGUAUUCCCCUUCACCUUACUACCUAUGUAAAUUUUAAAUAUAAUUGUAUGUGACCCCCUUACCCGUAUUCAUGAUGAAGUUGUCUUUUAAAUAUUUUCAACAUUUUAGUUAAAUUUUAUAUGUAUUAAUAAC